CAUCUUUCCCCUUUAUGGGCCCUUCUCAGAAGGGCUGCAAGGCCCUGGGCGGUUUCUAAUAAAGGGAAAUAGUGGGGUUUAUGAAGAUUUAUUAUUGCGGGGCCGGGCGGGCAGGCGAGCGUUAGGUGGGCGUGUGGUUCAGCAGAGGGUCAGGGAGCGCAGCCGGCUCCUCCUCCUCCUCCUCCUCCUCUCCGGGCCCAAAUCUCCUCCUCCCUCUUCCCUCCCCACCAAUGUCCAUUUCAAAAUGGCUGGGAUCCCUUUGUAUUUUGUGGAUUUGCAGGAUGACUUAGAUGAUUUUGGGUUUGAAGACUAUGGACCAGAUUGUGAUAGCAUGAGGAUAACUGCGUUCUUGGACAUUCCAGGGCAGGAUAACUUGGCUCCGCUUGCACGUCUGGAAAAAUAUGCUUUUAGUGAUAAUAUAUUUAACAGGCAAAUCAUUGCCAGGGGUCUACUUGAUGUCUUCCGAGAUUUCAGUCAUAAUGAAGAAGAUUACCUGACAGUAAUGGCAAUAGUUGUGCGGUUGUCUGAAGAUACAGAGCCUACCGUUCGGACGGAGCUAAUGGAGCAGAUACCACCCAUUGCCAUUUUCCUACAGGAGAGUAGGCCAAGCUUCCCUACAGCAUUCUCAGAAUACCUUAUGCCCAUUGUGGUGAGAUACCUCACAGAUCCAAACAACCAGGUUAGAAAAGCAAGCCAGGAUUCACUACUGAUUCUACUGGAACAAAGUCUUGUUGCCCAACAUGAUAUUGAAAAAAAAGUGUGCCCAAUCCUGUUGGACCUCUCUGCUCCGGAUAGCGAUGAUGAAUACAAGGUGGAGGCAGUAAACAUAAUCUGUAAAAUGGCUUCUAUGGUGAACAAAUCUACUGUUGAACGCUUGCUUCUUCCCCGAUUCUGUGAGCUCUGUGGUGAUGGGAAACUCUUUCAAGUCCGGAAGGUUUGUGCAGCAAACUUUGGUGAUAUUUGCAAUGCUGUUGGGCAAGAAGCCACAGAAAAUAAUUUGAUCCCAAAGUUUUUCGAGCUGUGCUCUGAUAGUGUUUGGGGUAUGCGGAAAGCUUGUGCUGAAUGCUUUAUGGCUGUCUCGUAUACCAUUUCGCCUGAAGUUCGGAGGAGCAAGCUGUCUCCCCUCUUUAUCAGUCUCAUCAGUGACCCUUGCAGAUGGGUUCGUCAAGCUGCUUUCCAGUCUCUCGGACCAUUUAUUUCUACUUUUGCAAACCCCUCCAGUGCUGGUCUUUACAUUCGGGAAGAUGGGACACUCAGUAUUCGGUCUUCUAGUCCAUGUCCAACAAGCAACAGCGCAAAUAUCUUGCCAUCUAGUUCAGAGGAGCCAAUGGAGAAUAAACUGGAAUCAAUGACAGAAGGGUCUUCUGCCAGCUGCACAACUUGUUCUGAAACUUCAAAUUCAGAUGCACAAGAAGGAAGUUCAGUCAUAUCUGUAAAUUUUGGAGUAGAUCAGACUCUAUUGACUCAAAGUGACAAUGCUGGUCUCUUUGUGAAUUAUCAGGGAAUGAACUCAAGAGUCCAAUCUGCAGAGGACGUGUUCAAUACUUUCUUAUACUGGCGUCCUCCUCUUCCUGACAUAAGCCAGGAUCUGGAGCUGCUUCAGUGCAAAACUGAAAUACAUGAAGAGAGCUGCUCCGUGUCACAGCUUCUUUGUAAUAACUGUGUUGCCAGCAGUGAAAUUAAAAAAGUUCUGCAGAGUUUGCAGGAGCACAUGGAUGACCCAGAUGUUCAAGCUCAGGUUCAAGUCCUCUCUGCUGCACUCAGAGCUGCUCAUCUUGAUUCUGUCAAUGAUUAUGAGAUCAAGCAGAACGAAGAAAUUAGUGGUAACCACCAGGAAGAUACACCCAGUUUGGAUUCGGAACCCAGUACAUUGAAUGAGAGCACACUAUCUUCAUUGCCAAGCCCGGGUGAGGUGAUUGAUCCAUCCAGUCCAACUAUAAUACAAAAUGUGACCUCAGAAGAGCAACACAAUGGGGCUACCAAAGUGUUAGAAGCAGAAAAGAAUGAUCCACCUCUUGAAGAAGACAAAUCAAAAUUACAGGAUAUCAUACCUCAGCCUUUAUUGGACCAGUACUUAUCUAUGACGGACCCUGCUCGAGCUCAGACCGUUGAUACUGAAAUUGCAAAGCAUUGUGCAUACAGUCUACCUGGUGUGGCCUUAACACUUGGCAGGCAGAACUGGCAUUGUUUGAAAGACACAUAUGAGACUUUGGCAUCUGAUGUGCAGUGGAAGGUGCGUCGGACACUCGCUUUCUCCAUUCACGAGCUGGCCGUUAUUUUGGGAGAUCAGUUAACAGCAGCAGAUCUAGUGCCUAUUUUCAAUGGCUUCUUAAAAGACCUGGAUGAAGUGCGCAUUGGCAUCCUUAAACAUCUUUAUGACUUCCUUAAGUUGCUUCAUGCCGACAAAAGACGCGAGUACCUUUACCAGCUCCAAGAAUUUGUGGUUACAGAUAACAGCAGGAAUUGGCGGUUUCGUUAUGAACUUGCAGAGCAACUCAUUUUGAUACUUGAGCUCUAUAAUCCCAAUGAUGUGUACGACUACUUAAGGCAUAUUGCACUAACACUCUGUUCAGAUAAAGUUUCUGAAGUCAGGUGGAUCUCCUUCAAGCUGGUUGUGGCAAUUUUGCAGAAAUUUUACGCAAACAAUGCAAACUCUCUGGGAUUAAAUUUCAUUAAUGAACUGAUUGUGAGGUUCCGCCAUUGUUCCAAGUGGGUUGGAAGACAAGCAUUUGCCUUUAUCUGUCAGGCAGUGGUGGAAGAGGAGUGCAUGCCUGUUGACCAUUUUGUGGAACACCUGUUACCCAGCCUUCUAAGUUUGGCUUCUGAUCCCGUGCCAAAUGUAAGGGUUUUGCUUGCCAAAGCUCUGAGACAAACAUUAUUGGAGAAAGCAUAUUUUAGAAGUGUGGGCAACCCUCAUCUCGAAGCUGUUGAAGAGACUGUUCUAGUUCUGCAGGCGGACAGGGACCAAGAUGUUUCCUUUUUUGCCACAAUCAAACCAAAAUACAAUGACAUGCAUAUUACGUCACUUGAAAAACAAAAUUAACUUUGUCUCUGUGGACCACAAAAUGAUUACUCCGCUAACAGGUUCCUGCGUUGGCUACUAACCUGGUGGAAGACUGUAUCAAGGAACUAAGACAACCCAUGAGGAAAGGGCUUGUUCUUAUUUCUAGCAUUUAAAUGAGGGAGACGUUGACCUUUUAUCUACAGACUUGCAAUACUGAUACGGAAUACUCAACGGUCAUUUUUUUUUAAUGUUUUGUUCUUACUUUCAUGAACGUGAGUAAUGAUCAUCUCUACAGAAAGUCCAGUAUUGUAUGUAUAUCCCAUGUGAAGUCUCACACAUUUGCAGCUUCAGCAUUGUUCCAGACAACAGGAAUAUGCCUUUCUAAAUAUGCUGACUCAAAGACAAGGAAAGGCAAUUACUUGCUUGGCUAUAAUUCAGAGUGGCACACUUGAGCUAAUAGAAUUGGUGGACAUAAAAAAUGUGGACACUCUUGCCCAUUUUGCUGUAAAUUGUUCCAUGGUUGAUGUCAUCACAUAUUAUAUUACUAAAAAAAAAAACACACCUCAAAGUGUACAUAACGUGCUCCUGAAAGUUGGCAAAGAAUUCAGAAAACUUGAAUCCAUACCUGUAGGAAAUAAAUUGUGUUCUUUUGUUUGUUUGUUUUUAAAAAAUGCAGCACAGUUAUCUUUUUGGAGCAAAGCUAAAUUUUCAGAUUUCCCCCCCUCUAAGAUAGAUGAUGACAUUUUAAAAUGACAGAGGGCUUCAUUUUGUGAAUUGUAGGUGUGUGUGUGUGUGUGUGUGUGUGUGUGUGUGUGUGUUCAAGAAACUGCACAGUGGUUGUUUUUCUUCUUUUCUACUAUUAAGUCUCAGUCUCCUGCUAGAGCUGUGGUAUAUAUUCGUGUAAGCUGCAGUCCUCAAACAACUAACUCUGAAGUAGUUCUUGUGUAUUUGUUGGGCCUACUCCAUAGUAAGUGGUUUGAGGCUUGUGGAUAUGGACUGUUAGGCUUCAACGCUGGAAUAUGGUUGAAAUUUGUUCUAAAGUUUGUUACGAUCCUAGACAUGCACAUUCUGCUUGGCAGAUGUAAAGUGAAGUUAGGGGUGUGAAUUCUCUGAAAAUACAUAAAACCUUUAAUUUGUAUAUGAGUGAAACUUCAGAACUCUGGGAAUCUGGGUUUCUGUACUUCGAGGAGUGAGUUCUUCUUUAUGUGAAGAAGAUCAGUGGAAAUUUCAAGACGAAAUGUGGUGUCCGGCCUCUUUUCUCAUGGGCUUCUGUGCACACAUGGGGGGUUUAUAGCCACCUCCUCCCAACUGCAUCCUUCUCAAAAAGCUGACUCCAAAGAUUGGGGGACCCUCUAGAACAGUUUUCCGUUGGGUGUGAGGAGCUACUGUUAGAAAGCAAGUCCAUCACAUGUCCCUGUCUUGUUUGUGGAAUCACCUUGCAUGUGUCCACAGACCUUUCUGGAUCCCCUCUAUUGUUGUUUAUUGUUGCAAGCUAUGAUUAAGAGUAACAUAAUAUAUAGCUUUCUUGUUGCCUUGGAUAGAAUAUAAAUUAAUGGGAAUAUAAAUGGAAGAGGACCGCUAUAAGCUUAAUAUUAUACUUUUACAAUCUUAAUAUUGUACUUUUACAUUACUACAUUAUAUGCAAGAGCUUUGGAAAAAUAAAACUCACUCCACUCAGGGCAGAUAAACGUUAUGUUCCAGUAUCUCUGCACAGCCAUAAAAAACUUAACCUGUGUAGAAACAAGAUGCACACAACUUCUUUAGGGACCCCAGAGUCCAGAAAACCCAGAUUACGCAGAUGUACAGAAGAAAAUAAUGUAUAUGACAUACGUUCACCAGGAAUCAAUUUACAGGAGCGAUAACCGUUGGAGUUAAAUAUUGUGAUUUCGCAUAAAUGGAACAGUUCUACAGAGGUUCUUAACAGUUAUGAAACAAUAUCCUCUUCAUGUUUUCUUUCAUUGAUCAACCAUUAGGUGUUUUAAUGCAGAAAACCUCACAGAGAACACGUUAACUUUUAGCUGAGCAUAACUGGAUCUUUUUAAAAAUAUGUAUUGAAAAACAUGUUGUAGAGAAACAAAUCUCAUUGGAUGGCAAGCAGGUAUAUUCCAUUUAGCAUAAAUAAGCCACAACUAUGUUACCUUAAACAUCUUUGUUCCAUUUAGUAGUUGUACUGUCUGGAUUGUCAGCUUACUUCCUGGUAUGUUUUAUUGAUUUUAAAAAAUGGUUUAAUUUGCCACAAUUGCCUAUCACGUUCUGGACAUAAUGCUAUGAAAGAUUAUGUUCCAGAUUGCAAUACAGUGUUUAGCGUUUUGUAAUAUUUGUUUUGCAAGAUCCUAAAAUGCUUUUAGCAACAAUCUAGAAAUGUGUCCUUGCUAUUUCAGUAUGAAACGUCUAAACUCUGAAUUCUGCAAGGUGGUUCUACACUUAAAUGUUUUAAUAAGUUUAAAACAAAAUGCCUCUUCAAUGCAAAUGACUUUUUAUGACUGCAGUUUCUCAGCAAAAAAAUGUCAGUUUUUUUGUAGUUUUAAUAUCCUUUUCUAAUGCUAGCAUUAAGUAUUUUUUAACAGUUCAAAUUUUUCUAAAAUUGUUCUAACCAGUUUUUAUUUGUGUUGACCAUAACAGGUCGUUAAAUUUUUCAGCACUGAUCAUUGUUUUUCUUUUUCUUCUUUUUAAAGUGUACAUAGAAAUGUUUGAGAAGAACUGUAAAUAGUCUGCUGUUUGGACAUAAGAAAUAACCCAGUUUUGGCUGCCAUGUUAGUUUUAGAUUGAUAGGUACCCUUUGCUACACUAGUCUACUAAAUAUCAUAAACUUCCACGUGUCUUUAGAAUGUUGGGAUACUCUUCCUGAAGGUAUUGUUUGGUUAGUAUCACUUAUGCAUGAGUAAGUUGCUGAACUUAAUUUUACUGAAGUGACAAAUCAAAAUGUAGCACCUUCUUCAAAAUCCAGGAAUAUUUUUUUUUCAUUUUAAAAUUGUGGUUUUUUGUUGUAAAAAGUUAUUUUUAAUGUUUAAAAAUCUAUAGUUGCAUGCACUAGAGAAGAGAGAAUUCUGGACAGUUCUAUUCAACUCACUCACUUUCCCUCUCCCACCUUGUCACCCCCUGCUCUCAUCCAUCCCAAAUCAUUUAUUAUUAUUACUAUUUGCAUUCAAUUAAUGAUUGGCAAUGGCUCUCAGUUGCAAAGAACUCUGCACUGACACAACCUCUAUUCAUUUCAUAGUAACUUGUUUGCCGCUUCUGCAUAAAGUCCACUGAAAUGUGUGCAGCGGCUGUUCCCCAAUAUAAUUUAUGCAUGACUAGAUGCAGCACUUUAUAGAUCACUCUUUGGAGGGGGGGGCAGAGGGAGUAAGCAACCGAGUGUAAAGUAGCAUAUUCAAAUAUUCUGUUUAAGCAAUGUCAUGUUUUAAAACCUCGCAAUGAGCAAAAGUUGAUAAGUAGUCACCCGUCUCUCAAAAGCUGCAAGGAUUUUACUUUAAAACACUUUUGGCUAAGGGACAUU